CUACCUAACCUUACUUACGUAACUGAAAGCCAUUGAAGGUCUCUGAUGUCGCGUGUUCUGCACUUCUGCUCGCGCCGCAGAACUUAUUUUGGAACUGAGAGCUCGCGAUUAGCUCAGUGUCUCUUGGCAUUCGACACGUGCUUUAUGUUGUCCACCGAUAAUUGUUGAACAAAAAAGGAAACAUGGCUGGGCGCAAAACCUCUGAUGCUGUUGCAAUUGUGCGAGGGAUGAAAAUUAUUGUCGAUGCAAUAUUGCGAGAGCAGGAAAAGAAGUUUCCUCAUAUGAUGAAACAGACCAAUAUACAAAAUUUCGCCGACGAGAGAUUCAAAGGUUUGGAAAAGUUAUUGGGAGAUAUAGAUGCAAGUAAGGUUCCUGAAAACUUAAGGAAGGAUUUGAAGGAAUUCGCAGAAAGAUUAUACGUAAUUGAGAAAGGCCUCUCACAAUAUACAAAAGUAAGAUUUGAAGAAGUUUUGGGCAAAACAAAUGUGUCUGAAAUUUUAACAAAAGAUUUGAGUGAUUUAAGUAAAAAACUAUACGUUUAUAAUCCUGCGAAAGAUCCUAAAGAAGUGCCUAUUCGUAGCGACAAGCCUUCUACAGAAAAUGUACAAAGUAUUUUAGACAAUAGCCAUAAUGCACAAACAAGCACAAGUUCAAAAACUGUUAACAAGAGUAAACAGUCACCAGUUAAAUUUUCAAGUGUCAAAGAAAAAAUUGAAACUAUCGGCACUAUUCACACAGACAUACCACCAAUAGAAUUAUCAGAAAAAGACAAGGAAUUGCUAAGAAAAUUAGAGCUAGAGCACGAAGAAAAAAUAAGGAAACGAAAAAGUUUAGAAUCAGAAAAAUUUGAUAAUAAGCAGUCAGUACAGUCUGUAAAUAUUGAAAGUACUGAAGAUCAGAAACAGAAAAAUCCGCGUCCAAUAGCGCAUGAAAAACCAAAAGACACACUAUCAGAAAGUGCAAAGGCCAGAAAAGUUCCAGCAACAAGGAUAGGAAGAAUGGUCAGUUUUGGAACACUUGGAGUUGGACUGGGUAUUGGAACACUAGCUGAAUACACCCGCAGAAGUUUGGGAUUAAAGGAUCAAAGUGUUGGUCAAACUCUUGACAGUAUGUUUCUUACAAAGGCCAAUGCUGAACGUAUAGUAUCUACUUUAUGUAAAGUAAGAGGUGCAGCUUUGAAAAUUGGCCAAAUCCUCAGUAUUCAAGAUAAUACAAUAAUCAGUCCAGAAUUACAAAAAGCUUUUGAACGUGUUAGACAAAGUGCAGAUUUUAUGCCAACUUGGCAAGUGCAUAAAGUUCUUGUGAGCGAACUAGGACACGAUUGGAGAGAAAAAUUAGCAACAUUUGAUGAAAAACCAUUUGCAGCAGCUUCUAUUGGACAAGUGCAUCAUGCUACCUUACAUGAUGGAAGACCUGUUGCAAUGAAAAUUCAGUAUCCAGGAGUAGCAGCUGGAAUUCAAAGUGAUAUUGAGAAUUUGGUUGGAGUCAUGAAGGUGUGGAACAUGUUUCCUGAAGGGAUGUUCAUUGAUAAUGUUGUUGAAGUUGCUAAAAGAGAAUUGUCUUGGGAAGUUGAUUAUGUCAGAGAAGCUGAAUGCACUAGGUUGUACAGAAAAUAUGUGGAACCUUAUCCCGAGUAUUACGUACCAGAAGUCAUUGAUGAAUUCUGCACAUCACAAGUAUUCACUUCUGAAUUAAUUGAAGGAGUGCCAGUGGAUAAAUGUGUGGAUCAGGAUAAGGAAACAAAGGAACAUAUUUGCAGGCUUAUAAUGCAAUUGUGCUUGAAAGAAUUAUUUGUAUUUCGAUACAUGCAAACUGAUCCUAAUUGGUCCAACUUUUUCUACAAUCCGAGAACAAAGCAGAUGAUACUGUUAGAUUUUGGAGCGUGUCGAAGUUACACUAAAGAAUUUAUGGAUAAAUAUAUUGAAGUAAUCAAUGGAGCUAGCGAAGGAGAUCGGCAUAAAGUAUUAACUAUUUCUAGAGAAAUGGGAUUUCUAACUGGAUAUGAAUCAAAGAUCAUGGAAGAAGCGCACGUAGAUGCAGUGAUGAUUUUAGGCCAAGUAUUUGAUAAGGAUCAUGAAUAUUUCGAUUUUGGAGGUCAAGAUGUUACAAAAAGGAUACAGGCAUUAGUUCCAACUAUUGUUCAUCAUCGUCUAUGCCCUCCACCAGAAGAGAUUUACAGUUUACACAGAAAAUUGUCAGGUGUAUUCUUACUAUGCGCAAAGCUAAACGUCAAGAUAAAUUGUCGCGAUAUGUUCCAUGAAGUCUACAAAAACUAUAAGUUUGCAUAAUAAUUGAUAUUUUGCAAAAUUGUAUUAUACGAUAAAUAGCUUUAAUAAAUUACUUUUUAUGAUUUUAA